AUGGGCCACAAAAUAGCAUUUUUUGGCGCAACUGGAGGAUGCGCAAAUUCAUGCUUGACUUAUUCUCUCAAAAAUGGGUACGAUUGUGUUGCAUUAGCUCGAACCCCUGCAAAACUAAAUAAAAUGCUGAAGGAACAAGGAGUUUCAGAUGAUAUAAUUAUGAAGAAAUUAACAAUUGUAAAGGGAGAUAUUCAGAAUAUUAAUUCCAUUAUAGAAGUGCUUGGUGGGAAUGAUAGUUCCAAUUCCGUUUCUGCAAUAAUAUCUGGUAUAGGAGGAGCACCAGCUUUGCAGUACUCUUUUACCACACCAGUUACUUUGGAUAAUCCAAAUAUUUGCACCGAAUUUACCAAAAAUUUGAUUUUGGCAAUGAAUAAAUUAAAGCAGACCAACAAUUUUAAAAAGCCGUUAUUAGCAGUUGUCUCCACGACAGGAAUCACAAGUGGUCCAGAUGAUCUUCCUUUUGGCUAUCAUAUACUUUACAAGUAUUUGUUAAAAAUUGCACAUCUUGAUAAAACUAGAAUGGAGAAUAUUUUGAAUGAGGCAGCUGCUGAAAAUUUGUUCUCUAAAAUUAUUAUUAUCAGACCAACUCUUCUUAUAGGGUCCCAUUUGGUCGAAAAAGGUAUCGGUUAUUUAAAACUCAAAGUUGGAACCGAAAAUAGUCCCGUUUCAGGAUACUACAUAUCGAGAGCAGAUGUUGGAGAGUGGACUUUUCAGAGUUGCAUCAAACAAGGUAGUAAUCUUCCAUUGGGAGUGUCCAUAUUUACACUUUCUUCUUAG